AUGCAAAAUGGGUUCUUGUCCAAGAAAAGUGUCAUCGUUGCGAAGAGUUCUUGUGAUGAUGUUUUGGCUGGAGAGAAUUGUUGGAUUGCGCCAACGUACAAACGAGCAGUUCUUGUUUUAGUAGAUGCUUUAAGGUGAGAUUUAAAAUCUUAUUCUGUAAACCUUAGGUAUGACUUCGUUAAUAAAACGGGACCUGAAGACCAAUUGUUUAUGGAAGAGACGAUGAAUAUUCUGAGCUCGGACAGAGAACAUGCUCGUCUGUACCGGUUUAUUGCUGACGCUCCUACAACUACAAUGCAGCGGAUCACAGCGUUAAUGACCGGUUCCUUCCCUGCCUUCAUUGAGGCGGGAUCUAACUUUGCUGCAGUUCAAGUAGAAGAAGAUAAUUUGUUGUACCAGUUAAAGAGUUUAAACAAAACGAUAACUUUCUACGGGGAUGACACGUGGUAAGGAAGUGUUUUCUGGUUAAGAAACGAUUUAGGGCUCAGUUGUUCCCAGAUGCCUUUAGUCAUUCUGUGGGCAUGGAUAGUUUUAAUGUCAAGGACUUGGAUACUGUAGACACUGCGGUUAGACGUAGGACUAAUAUUUGGGGAGUAACUUUGUGCUUUAGAACUGUUAUUUAACAAAUCUUCCAAUUCAAACUCAACCCUGCUUAUUGCACAUUUCCUCGGGGUUGACCAUUGUGGUCACAGAUAUGGUCCCGAACAUGCAGAGAUGAAGCGCAAACUUAAGGAAAUGGACGAUGUUAUUCGUCGUUUGGUGGAUGCAAUUGAUGAUGACACAAUUCUGUUUGUAUUUGGAGAUCACGGGAUGAAUAAAAAUGGAGAUCAUGGUGGGGACACGACCCUGGAAACUACUGCGGGGCUCAUUGUCUACUCCCCAAAAGGAUUUCACGGCGAGUAUACUGAUACGGUCCGGCAAAUUGAUAUGGUUCCAACACUUUCGCUUCUACUGGACGUUCCAAUUCCAUUUUCAAGUCUGGGAAUUGUGAUGAAGGAGUUCUUCGAGAUGUCGGUACUUCCAAAAGUUGCUUCAAUAAAUGUUCGACAAGUCGUCCGUUACGUCGACCAAUACAUGCGGGGUAACCCGGAAGUCGAAGUAAGUCUUUUACUCCCGGUUAUGACAUGUCUUUCUUUCUUAGAGGGCCGCCAAGAAAACUAUUAUGUAUCAUGAACAAACUAGUGGAGCAGCUUCUGAUGGUGCGGACUUUGAAACCAUCGAGGAACUUCGGGAUCUUGUAAUCCAUUCCAUGAAUCGUUUCGACUCCGGUUUGGUCCGCACCGGUGCUACCUCUCUUGUGGAGUCGAUCCUAGUUAACCUCAGUUUGUGUUUUCCAGAAGGCGACGUUCAUCUAAUCGCCGCCGUCAUCUUUCACAGUGCCGUUUUUCUUCUACGCCUUUCCGCGUAUUUUAAAAAUAAGGACGGAGAUCUUCUCCUUAAUCUUGCCUUAUAUGGUUCUAUUGUAUACAGACUCUUUGUUAUUGGGGAUGUUCUCAAUCAGUUGAAGCACAAAAUGGCGGGAAAUUGCGAUAGAAUAGCAGUACCGCUAGUGCUGUUCACUCUUUUCUCAAUUCUACCGUUUUCCAACAGUUUCAUUAUAUAUGGUAUGGACACAGCGAGGUUUGCAACAAGCAGCGUUAUAGUUUGUAUGGCUUAUGGUCAAUUUAAAUUGGACAGGCAAGUGUUGUCGUACUUGUAACCUUUCGCUUAGGAAGAAACCGAAAAGAUUUAUACCCCUCGUUUUAAUGCUGGUUUGCCUGCGAAGCGGGACAUUGAGCAGUAAGUGUCGUGAGGAGCUUCCUGAAUGUGAAGAUGGCGUCUUCUCCGAAGAAAUCGGUCGCCUUUCCCAUGGUAAGUGUAAUCAUGAAUAAUAGUUUCGUAUUUACAGACGCCGAUAAGGUAGUUCGUCUCUUGCUAGGUGGUCUCUUCCUAUUAUGGUGUGGCAUGAGAAUUAAUAACGCGUCAAACAACUUCGUGAGUCUGACCCGAGCCGCCCUUAGGGUGAUGUUAUUCAUAACUUUCUUUCACUGGCUCUGCGAAUUCGAACACGAUGAAAAGUUGAAGAUAUAUGGACUGUAUUCGGCUCAGCUCGUUCUAGCCAUGUGCCUUUUGAUAUUCUUUGCAACCGUUUUAUUCGCACCACGCGAUGACUGCUUGGGCUUGUUGAUGGACUUAUUCAUUAUUUUAAUGGCUGUCCUGGGCGGAGAUGGAGUUCUCGUACAGCUAUUGGCUGCCCGUGAAUUUCUUAUUCAAUUCCGAUAUUUUUUUAUAACGAAUGGUAAUACCAAGAAAAAUAUUAGUUUACUUUUUUUCAGAGCCCAUUGUGUCAGCGUUGGUGAUAACGAUGCUGAAUUGGGUGUUGUUUUACAGCACUGGACAUAUUCCAACAUUCUCUGCCAUCCCUUUUCGAGCUGCUUUUGUUUUCGUUUCCGGAGAGGUGCUGUUAAGAACAUUACAGGGGCUCUUUGUGAUAUUACAUUUAUUUUGCGGACAUUUCCUGACUGCACUUUAUGUGGCAGGCAACCAGACGGAUAACCACGAUGUGGCUCCUUUCUUUUUGUUGUUGUCUACAAUACAAGUAAGUUAGAAAACGUUGAAAAAUGUCUUCUUAAGGUUGCCUUCUCCUGUUGGGCUACUAUCUUCCACAGAAAGCAUUUGAUGAUGUACAAAGUGUUUGCCCCAUAUUUUUUGUUUACGGCAGCGGGCUUAAUUGUCAGUAUAACAGUAAUUCUGUUGUCCAGACUUGUGUUCGCUAACAAGAAUAAACAUGCGUAG